AUGGCAUCUCCACUGCAAUCAAGCUUGCUAUGCUUCAUCGGGGGCGGCAACAUGGCGGCGGCCAUCAUCGGCGGCCUGGUGAGCAAAGGCAUUGACAAACACCACGUCACCGUCUCCGAGCCGUGGGACGUCAACCGCGACAAGAUUGCCGCCACGGGCGUGCGCACCACGACAUCCAACGUCGAGGCCUCGCAAAAUGCCGACCUGGUCCUCCUCGCCGUCAAGCCGCAGGUCGCGAAGACGGUUUGCCAGGAGCUGGCCGGCGCCUGGGCUCAGCGCGAUUCUCUACCCCUCGUGGUUUCCAUCGCUGCGGGCAUCACGCUGGAUAGCCUGCGCGAUUGGUCCAAGCUGGCUGACGGUCGCACGCCCCAUAUUGUGCGCGUCAUGCCCAACACGCCCGCCUUGGUGGGCGAGGGUGCCUCGGGUUUAUUCGCCGGCGGUGAUGUCAGCGACGCCGAGAAGGAACUAGUUACGGCCCUGUUGGCGAGUGUCAGCAAGGCGACCGAGUGGGUCGAUAAGGAGGAGCUGAUAGACGUCGUUACCGGGCUGUCGGGAUCUGGCCCCGCCUACUUCUUCGCCAUAGUCGAGCAUCUGAUCUCGAGUGCCACGAGCUUGGGAAUGCCGCAAGAGCAAGCCACGCGCCUGGCCAAGCAGACGUGCUUUGGUGCCGGCAAGAUGCUGGUCGAGUCGUCCGACGAGCCUGCUCAGUUACGCAAGAACGUCACCAGCCCCAACGGCACGACGGAUGCUGCGCUGAAGAGUUUCGAUGCUGCUAAUUUUAAGGGCAUCGUGGAUGGAGCUGUUAAGGCUGCUACCAACCGAGGCGAGGAGCUGGGACGUACGCUGGGGAAGUGA